CGGCUAGUAUUGCAAACGAUUCGCUGACCACAGUGGACACGCGCGUUAGCAAUUGCUCUGCCAAUUAAACCGUAUCCACUAAUUCACAUUGGUAAAUCAUAAAAACAUCUGCGUUUCUUAGCAAGAAAGAAGCGAACAAGAAAGAAAUUCGUCAUUGUUCCGUUAUAUGCUACACGUCUAUUGGUUCAAAAUCGACAGAUUGGCUGCAGUAUUUUUCCAGAGGAGUAGAAGUGGAAAGAAGUGGAGAGGAACAAAUGGCCAGCAUAAUUAAUGCUUAGUCACUUUAGCACAGAAAGCUACAUUCUAGUGUGAGGCAAACGUGGAUUGGUGAUUAGUGAGUUACAAUAGAUAGAUUAGAAAGCGCUCAUAUGUUUCAAAGGGGAUAUUCGAUGAACGGCGUAACUCUCAGCAAAUAUUGUUUUUGAUUAGUUUAAUUUAUGCUAAAUGAGUAACAUACGUGAAAGAUGACAGAAAAUAAAGAAGAAGACGCUACAAGUCAAGCUCCGGAUGGUGGAUGGGGCUGGUUUGUUUGCCUCGGAAGCAGUUUAAUUGCGCUUUCUUUACGAUCUUUGGAUCCAUCUUUUGGACUGCUUUUCCAAGAUCUACUGGAGAACCUCAAUGUCAAUUCCACCGGAACAUCAGUUAUAAUGAGCAUUUUAGAUGCUAGUGUUAAUUUUUCAGGUUUCUUAGUCGGACCGCUACUGAAAAAGUAUUCUUAUCGACAAGUCGCAUUCUUUGGAUCUCUGCUGAGUUGCAGCGGUUUGAUACUUACGUCAAGAGCGAAUAGUAUGCUGUAUAUUAUUUGUACCUACAGUAUUUUAGGAGGCAUUGGCACUGGCCUUGCAAUGGCUUGCUCCUUCGUCGCGUUAAACACAUUUUUCGACAAAAAACGCGGACAAGCUGUGGGCUUUUCGAUGGCGGGAACCGCAUUGGGAAUGAUGCUUAUGCCGCAGCUAGUACACAUGCUGCUGGAUUUAUAUGGAUUUCGUGGCACAACACUUAUUGUUGGAGGCUGUGCGUUGCAUUCCAUAGUGGGAUCGUGCUUAUUACGUCCACUUAAGGAACCAUUACCGACACCGCCAGCCGAAAAAAAAACCGAUGAGGAACGAGAGAGCGAAACAUUAUUAAUGAAAACGAAUCCUGCUGGAGCGCGCAGGAUGUCAAAUGGAUCGACGUGGACCAAGGAUCAGAACGCGGACGAGCCAAACGUUGAGAAUGAUUCGUUCUUGAAAAAGAUAAAAAAAACUUUUGAUUUGGAUCUUCUCACGAAUUCCACGUACUUAAACGUCUCUCUAGGUUGCAGUAUCUUUUAUGUGGCAGAGACGAACUUCAAACUAAUAACUCCGUUUUUCCUCUCAAAUAUCGGAAUGACGAAAAAGGAAACCGCUUUUGUCCUAUCCUUGACUGCGUUCGCCGAUAUCCUCGCCAGGCUACUGCUGCCGACACUUUUCGACAAAUUCGGCUGGAAGAAGCGCUUGAUCUUCUGGGUGUUCUGUCUGCUCAUUGGAAUCGCACGCUCCACAUUGGCGGAACAAUCGGAAAGGAUGCUAUUGAUCGUCAUGUUUGUAAUCGUCGGAUUCUUGCGUGGCGCUACGUUGGUGAAUUUUAAUCUCUGCAUAUCGGAAUGUUGCACCUUGAAAAUGCUGCCGAGUGCCUUUGGAAUAUUCUUUGUGUUUAAAGGAUUGGGCAUAAUCAUUAUGAGUCCUUUAAUCGGAUACGUCAGAGACGUUACCAACAACUACAGGAUUUGCAUUCAUAUAAUGACUGUUAUGAUACUUGUCACAUUUGUCUUGUGGAGCAUUGAAUUUAUAUACAUUGCCUUUCGUAAACGACGACUUGCCAUAUUAGCUGUGCUUCCGAUCCAGCAAUGUUUCGGGCUUAUCUUCGCAGAACGUUUCACGCGUCUUGGCAUUACCGCGACGAAAACAAGCUUAAUUCUUCAUCUAAAUGGGACAAUUACGUGCAGUCUAGGCCUGAUAAGCGGUCCUACGAUGAAGAGAUUCACCUUUCGUCAAGUCGCAUACUUCGGCAGCCUGACGGUUGUUUUCGGAAUAUGCACAACUGCCUUCGCCGUGUCUCUUCCGACUAUUGUUAUCACUUAUUGCGUUAUCAUUGGUAUUGGCCAAGGAAUCAUUUAUCUAGCGACAACCUUAGCUCUGAACACAUACUUCCGCAGGAAGCGAAACAUAGCUAUGGGUUUCGCGGUUACGAUGACCGGUUUGGGUCCGAUCUUGAUGCCACUUUUAAUAGACAGAUUCCUUGAGACUUACGCCACUACUGGCACUCUCUUGAUUCUUGCUGGGAUCGCCGCACAUUCCCUUGUCGGUGCAUCUCUAUUAAGACCAUUUCAAGAGCAGAAAGAGAUUAUUUCGGCAGAAGCUACUGACCUGCUAAUUGAAAAAAAUAAUCCAAAAAGUCAAAAUAGAACAGAACAUACUGAGGGUAAAGUAGAAUUAAAAAAUAAUACUAUCGAGAUCGCUGAAAAAAUAAAUCAACCAAAUAAUCGUGUAAAUGAUGAAGUAAAAUUGAAAGAAAGCAAAAAAACAUUGUUCUUCAAAAAAAUUAAUACCAACUUGGAUCUCGAUCUUCUUCGUGAUAGUCGUUACGUAGCGGUAGUAUUAGGUAUGGGAAUGUCAUUGGUAGCCGAGACAAAUUUCAACGCAAUGAUACCUUUCGUUCUGGCCGAAUUAGCGAGCCUCGACAGAACAUCGAUAGCUACAGUGAUGUCAGUUCAAGCCGCUGCGGAUAUCAUAGGACGUUCGUGUGUGCCGUUGCUGGCGCAACGAGCGAGUUGGACCUGCCGAAAUCUUUAUGUGAUAUCACUGCUGGGAUCGAUCCUCGGGAGGACUAUUCUGUCGACGUGGGGUGACUUCUAUGUCGGUGUGAUCGGAGUAUCCUUGAUUGUCGGCCUGGCAAAGGGAACCAGGGCUGUCUUUCAAGCUCUAAUUAUUCCCGAUUACGUACCAUUGGAGAGGCUGCCGGCUGCAUCCGGUAUCCAGAUGGUUUGUAACGGUGUUCUGUCUAUCAGCGUGGGACCAAUUAUCGGUUUGGUUCGCGAUUCAACGGACAGUUACGUGGGUGCGCUUUAUUUUACAUCCUUUCUGAGCUUGUGUUGUGUCUUUCUAUGGACGAUAAGUGGACUUUGGAAUCCCGGUGGAAACGUCUUAAGAUUGAACCAACGCAAUUCAUUAGCAGAACAAGAAAAUUCUCGUGAAAAUACGUAAUAUUAAAUUUCUAAUUAUAUCUGCAGAUUUUAGUGGUAUAAAGAAUUUAUAUGCAUAAAUAUUAUCAACUUACUAUAACAAGAUGUAUCUUUAUUAGAAUCACAAAUAUGCCAAGUAAUUGUAGAAAUUUUCAAUUUGUAAAGGUAUCAGUUUAUCACACGCAGUACCGUGCACCGUAUACACUAUCUAGAAAACCUGAAGUAUAAAAUAUUUGCUCUAUUUUAAUAUGAAUACUAAAGUGUUUAAAUUUAAAAUACUUAAAAAUGGAUUAAGUAAUUAGCAGAAAGAAUGUUGAAUAUGAAAAUUACACCGUUAAUGUGAAGCAUAUUGCACUGAAGAAUAAAAGAAUUGACGAUAACGAUGAUGGCGUAUUUAAAAUAUAAAUGAGAUGAAAUAGGCAUAUA